GAAUUAUAUUUGUGAAUUUAGUAAGGUUUAUGUUGGGAUAGCCUCAUGAUUAUGGUCUAACCAGGGGCGGAGCUAGGAUCCAGUGGGGGGGGGGGGGAGGGGGAGCGGACUUUAUUGUAUAAUAUCAGUAAAAAAAUUAAUAUUUAUAUAGUGAGUCAUAAGCUUCAAAAUUUAAUUAUCUAGACUCCGAAAUUUAAUUAUCUAAAUUGGAAAAAUAUUAUAAGCUCCAAAGUAUUUGAAUAAGUACAAAAGUUAAGUGAUCAGUCUAAAUUUUAAACAAAAACUCAACCAAAGUAGGAAAACUAAAAAAAACAAUAUUGCUGCUAGGGAUUGAACCAUGAUACUGGGUAUUCACAAAUACCAAGCAGUUGUUGCAUUCCGUUAGACUAGACCGACACAUUGUUACUUAUUAUUGCACGAUAUUGUUAUUCUACAAUAGUUAACUUCUUCAGAAUUAUCAAAAUUUUCGAUAUUUUUACACGCGAUCUCCAAAAUUCUGGGGGCCGGGGCCCCAGGCACAAGGUAGCUCCGCCCCUCGGUCUAACGUAAAUGAUUGUUGUUUGAGUUCUAACCUAGUUGGCAAGAGUAGUUGUCAAAUUGUUUGAGUAGAGGUGAUAGGAGUGUGUGUUCGAUAAAAACAAAAGUUGAGGGACUUGUUUGCUUAAGAAGAAAAAUACUAAGGCGGGGUGGGUGGCAAUUUGACGGCUGCGCUGCGCGCGUGGGCGAAGAAAUCGGGGCGGAACUCCCAAACCUCCCUCGUGUCUGCCCCGUCUUUCUUGUUUUAGGUCCACAAAUACGAAGAACACAGAGCGCAGCCGCUGGCAAAAGCGAACGCUUCGACAGUUCCGCCACCGCCACUCGCCGCCAACUGUCCAUCCUCCACCAUCAAUAACUCCUCCGUCUCCCCUCCUUAUAAUCACCACAAGCUCCCACUGUUGUAAAAACCAAAAGAAGAGAGAGUUUCUGAAAACUUCUGAUAGGAAAAAAUGGCGGCAAUCAACAACCAGAUGGUCUCCAGUAGAACCUCCGCCGACGCCUCCCGCCGCUUCUCCUCCUCCAGAAGCUUCGCCGGCGGAGACCGCUCCGCCGCCUUCCUCUACGUCGGAAAACCUGCGAGGAGAACCGUUCCUUCGGGGUUUAAGCUUAGAUCGAUGAAGCUCUCUGAGGCGUCUGUUCCCUUGCCCGACAUUCCAAUCUCGCCCAACGGUCCCGUACCUGCUGACAAGCUAAACUCUGCUCCCGACAGCGUAGCAGUGAAUAAUAUAUUGGGCAAUGAUAAGACGAGGCCGAUUGCUCUGAGGAAGACAAAGAUAGUUUGCACGAUCGGUCCAUCCACGAGUUCCCGAGAAAUGAUAUGGAAACUUGCAGAAGCUGGGAUGAACGUGGCUCGUUUGAAUAUGUCGCAUGGAGACCAUGCCUCGCAUCAGAAGACCGUUGAUCUGGUUAAAGAGUAUAAUGCGCAGUUUGAGGACAAAGUUAUUGCGAUUAUGCUAGAUACCAAGGGUCCUGAGGUUAGGAGUGGAGAUUUGCCUCAGCCAAUCAAUCUCGAGGAGGGUCAAGAAUUUAAUUUCACAAUCGAAAGAGGUGUUGCAACUGAGGACACCGUGAGUGUGAAUUACGACGACUUCGUGAAUGAUGUGGAGGUUGGAGAUACUCUACUUGUGGAUGGUGGAAUGAUGUCGUUAGUUGUGACAGCUAAGUCAAAGGAGGUGGUCAAAUGUGAAGUAGUUGAUGGUGGGGAACUAAAAUCACGUCGUCAUUUGAACGUGCGUGGUAAAAGUGCAACUCUUCCAUCAAUUACAGACAAGGACUGGGAUGAUAUCAAAUUUGGAGUGGACAACCAGGUUGAUUUUUAUGCUGUCUCAUUCGUUAAGGAUGCUAACGUGAUCCAUGAGUUGAAAGAUUAUCUUAAGAGCAACAAUGCAGACAUCCAUGUGAUCCCAAAGAUAGAAAGUGCUGAUUCUAUUCCAAAUCUUCAUUCAAUACUUUCUGCUUCCGAUGGGGCUAUGGUCGCUCGUGGAGACCUCGGUGCUGAACUUCCAAUCGAGGAAGUUCCUCUGUUGCAGGAAGAUAUCAUUAGAAGGUGCCACAGCAUGCAGAAGCCAGUUAUUGUGGCGACAAACAUGCUAGAAAGUAUGAUCAAUCACCCUACACCAACAAGGGCUGAAGUAUCUGAUAUAGCAAUUGCAGUUCGUGAAGGAGCUGAUGCUAUCAUGCUUUCUGGAGAAACUGCACACGGAAAAUACCCAUUGAAGGCUGUUAAAGUAAUGCAUACCGUGGCAUUGAGGACAGAGGCAAGUUUGCCAGCAAACACAGCUCCUCCGACUGGAGCACACAAGAGCCAUAUGGGUGAUAUGUUUGCUUUUCAUGCUACCAUCAUGGCGAACACUCUCAAUACACCAAUCAUCGUUUUCACGAGAACUGGUUCCAUGGCAGUGCAGUUGAGUCAUUACCGUCCUUCCUCGACAAUUUUCGCCUUCACCAAUGACGAAAGGAUAAAGCAGAGACUGGUACUUUACCAGGGGGUUAUGCCAAUUUAUAUGGAGUUCUCGAAUGAUGCAGAUGAGACCUUCUCCCGAGCACAUAGGCUCCUAAUGGACAAGGGUCUGUUGGUGGAAGGGCAGCACGUUACUCUCGUCCAGAGCGGAGCUCAACCGAUUUGGCGUGAGGAGUCAACCCACCACAUCCAAGUUCGAGAGGUUCAGAGUUGAUUUUUAAGGACCGUAUGGAGCUUUCUUUGUUUUCUUAACUUAAGUAGGGUUGUUGUGAACUAGCUGCACGUUAUAUGAAGCAUUUGUUUAUCAAUACAUGCAUUAAAAUUUUCAUUGCAUGAACAGCCGAAGAUCUUAGUGGAUUUUUUUUUCUCGUGUGAUGAUUGUUUGUUGUAAAAUCCUCUUCACUUGGACGAAUAAAACCGCGUCAGCCAGAAGUUUUUGCACCGGCUUCUGCCUGAUGGCUCUGUGUUCCUGUUUAGUCCCCAUGUUCUUGCUUGCUCUCUUCGCUGCUGCUGGCAUUGUUUAACAGAGACAACUUUAAGUCUGGUCAUUUCAUCAUCUUUUUAUAUCAAUGAAGUACGAAGGUCGAU